AUGCUAUAUUCGGAAUCAGCACGCAAAACUAUACUCGAUGACAAUAUUGAAAUAAAAACUACUAUUGUAUUUGGUCUUAUUAAAUUAUUUCUUAGUUCUCGUCUUGAACCAAAUAUUGCUUUACUUGAAAUUAUACUUGAUUAUCGUUUUUCAAAUGGUUAUCGAUCUAUUAAUCAAUAUCAACGAGAUGAUAUAACUUCUUUCUUCUAUUUUUUUAUUCAUUCAUCAAUUUCAAAUGUUUUACUUAUUGAAGAAUUAACAUUUGAUCUUGUUUCUCGCUAUCUACCUUUUGUAUCGGAUAAUAGUACAAUAGCUUAUAAAUCAAUCUUAAUUGAAUCAAUGUGUUAUUUUUGUAUUGAGUUACUUUCUUUACCAACUUUACCAAUUGAUAAAUCAAAUGAAGAACAUUCUCAUUAUCAUCUUGCAAUAAAUCUUCUUGAAUCAAUUCAUAAUUCAACGUAUAAUCAUACAUCAUUUAUUAUAAAAUCUUAUUUAAAUACAAUAAAACAUCUUCAAUUUCAAUAUAUGAAAAAAGAACAAUUACAAAUUAUUCUAGAUUCAAUUAUUCGACUUCGACAAUAUCCAAAUUUACCAUUAAUUAUAUCAAAUUCUAUAAAAAAUAUUGAAGAACAAAUACAAUCAUGUUUUAAAUUAAUUAAGAAAUUAACAAAUGAUAACAAUGAUGAUCAACGAUCUUGUUCACCUUCACCAUCAUCUCUAAGAAAUUCUAAACGUAUUUCUUCAACAUUUAAACCGUCUAUAAUUUCAUCACCAAAUGUACUUUAUGAUCGAACUAAUCAAAUAAUUAUUAACAAUGAUAAUCGAUUAUUAUCAAAAGGUAUUAAAAGAAAGUUAAAUACAAAUCGUUAUAUGACACUUGAUUUUGAAAAUGACACAGAUGAUUUUUUCUAG